AUGCUCGCCAUCGUGCCACUGGUUCCCGGCAUGCUCGUGCUGCUUGCUGAUGCUCCAGGCGCUGUCGCCCAAGCUCAAAACAUCGCCCAGCAGCCGACCGUGUACAAGACUGUCACCGUUCCGGUCGACUUGGCCAAUUCUCCCAAUGCCCAGGUUGCCGUGACCACCGUCGCCCUUUCAACUGUCACUGUCUUCGGCAGCGAGCCCAACUCUGCGCUUGCAACGAUCGUGAUCUCACCCGACGCUGAGCAAAGCAGCACUGCAGCAAUCUCCAGCAGCGAAUCUAUCAACGGAGCGGCUGCCAGCAGUGGCCUCACUACUUCGGCUCCUUCUGCAUUUCCCUCUCUUACCGCGAACGGAACCUCCUUCGGAAACUUCACCAACACCACAUGGCCGCUAGACAAUUCCACCUCUGUCACCUUGAUCGACCCUACCGGCACAGAUGUGGGUGCCCAGGAAAGCAACACUGCUCAUGACGGCAAGCCUGUGGACACUGCUGGAAAUGCCAAAAGCGCUGCAGUCUCCGAGACUCAUGGUCUUGUUGGUGGGGUUGUCAGAGGCAUUGUUGUUGCUUUCCUCGUUGCUUUGGCCCUUUAAUCCCAUUCUAAAGCAACUACGGAUACAGGAGAACAAACCCUGCUUCCCCUGCUUUCCGGACAGCAAGAGCAUCCUCAUGACACAUGAGGAAAAAGACUGUGGAGGAGCUCG